UUGGGGCUAGGGACGAAGUUCUUUUGUCCUGCUGCUCUUCUCCCAACGCUGACAAUUCUGACGUCCAAGUUGCGAGCCGGUUCCAUGAUGAGAGUGUGUGCUUUCACAUGGGUCUUUAUGUGGGCGGCGUUGGUCAGUGGCGAGUUGUAUCGGAAAGUGGCCAGCGAUGUGGCACCGCCCGCACAAUUUGCUCUGCUGCAGACGACCUCCCCCAGCCUGGCAAUGUGUUCUGCAGUUUGUCAAGGAAUUCCAUCUUGCUUGGGCUUCUCAUACAGUGGUGUGAACACAGCGUGUGCCCCCCUGCAAGGCUCCAUGGGGAAUGUAAUCUUGGACUCGGCAGAAACAAGUGGCUGCAACAUCUACUGGAAGAUAACAGAUAUAUCACGUGGCUUCACGAGAUUUGGAAACAAAGCCUACCUUUACGACGCAUCCCCGCUCACAUUUACAGAGGCACAUCAGACUUGUAGAGACCGUUAUGCAUCCAUUGCCUUGCCCCUGAACUUGCAAGAGAGCCAAAACCUGCAACUUGUCGCACCAAGCGUCACGAAGUGGAUUCUUGCAUCGGACGUGGCUACAGAGGGCUCGUGGGUAAACCAUGACACAGGUACUGUACUGGUCUACCGAAACUUUAUCCCUCCAAACCCUGACAAUUAUGGAUCGAUUGAGGAUUGUGGGACCCUUACAUCAGAUUCUGCUUGGAAUGACGUGGCCUGCAACAACAAAUACAGCUUUGUUUGCGAAGUACCGCAGGACCACUGUGAAUUAGGCACCUGGGACAUUCGUUGCACUUUUGCUUAAUGAUCAUCAUUCUCUUCAAAUGCAAUAUAUUGUUUAACAACAUUGCCGAUAGCAGAUUUGAACUAAAAAACAAAAACAUUAUGAGGUUUUAUACAAAUCAGACAAGGAAAACAUUAACUCGUUUAUGUCGGAGGAAAAAAAAAUAUGUUACUUAAGUUUAGGGAUAAUAUAACUUAUAGCAGAUAUAAAAUAAAUGUAGCACUUGGUCGUCAUGAUGAACAGCAACUUUGGCAGCCGAGUGAUUGGCCACGCCAUGCUAGGAAGUCAAUGUUGAAUAUUUGGUGGCGUGGACUUUCAAGGUCUUUUUCAUAACUUAAAACAUGUUAUUUAUCGUAUUUAAGUUUGAAAAAAUAUGGUUUCCUGCUUAGUGUCGUUGUGCAAAUGACACGUACAUCUGUUCCUAAAGGAUCCCCAACUGUCGCCUCGUCCAAAGGGUACAGGUCACUAACCAUUAGUCCAUUCCUAUCAAAAGUCUUUGACUGACUAUUUGCUAAACCUGAUGCAUUAUUGACCUUGGUGCAUGUUUCAAUCUUCUCCAGAUGCUGACUAGGAGACUUGGCUUGUUCUCUUGAUUUCUCCUAUGAAUUUGAUUUAGUAAAUCAUACGGCGCUACUUCUCAACUUGUCACGAAGUUUAAAUCGCUCAUUUUAUAAUCAUUUAUAUCAUUUAUUUUUAUCAGACAGCCACCUAUGCGUUGCCAUUUACAGAUAUUUUAGUAGCUCUACUUGUCCAGCCGGUUUUUCUCAGCGCAGAGUUCUUGGUCACUUAGUAUUUCCCAUACUAGUGAUUUGUGGGAAGGAAUUUCCUCUCAAUAAUGUUAUAUACCGAUGAUGCUUUAUUCUCUCCUAUUCAUGAUUCUCAAAGCAGGCACCAUGCGGCUACUCAGUUGAAUGCCGAUCUAUGAUUAUUUUUUUAUUUGGGGCAUGGAAUUAAAUCUGCCAAUAUUAGCAUUAUCAUUUUUAGUCGCUCAAGGACAAACAAUGCACCACAGCCUGUUAUAUAAAAUGACAACCAAGUAAUCCAUUCCAUUAUAUCCUUAUUAAAACUAGUUGUGGGUAACAUGAUGACUAUUGAGAAUCAUAUUAGGAAAACUGCUCCUCAUAUUUCUGAGACUGCUGGCCUUUUAAAUAUUUUUUUUUAAUGAGGAUAAUAUUGUUUUAAUGGGUUUUUUUCCUUCACUUUGCCCGUUUUUAAUAUUGUGGUUAAGUUUGAAUGCCGGCAGCUCAAUCUCGUCUCAAAAUUUUAGUUCGUUGUUUUAGCUUAAUAAUGUUCCAACUGCUCAUUUGUGUGUGUGUGUGUGUGUGUGUGUGUGUGUGUGUGUGUGUGUGUGUGCAACUAACAAA